AUGGCGGUGGAGGAUGACGAUGGUGGAGCUCGGGAGUCUCUGGAUCGUGGUCCAGAUGGUCCUCCACAGGAUGAAAGGCACAAGGAUGCAGGCCAACGACGUACAUAUGCAAAAGCCUUGGGUUUUUCGUCCUGGCCUGCCAUCGACACUCUUCCAGAGCCGAUUCAGGUAGGUAGUAAAAGACGAGUAAUGAUCCCGCAGAGAGACUAUGAAUUGAAGAGACAAAAUUUUCGUUUUGCCUUAAUCGGUAGGGUUAACUUCCGAUUGAUCUCUUUGGAUGGUUUGAGAGCGGAGGCUCGGGAAAAAUGGAAUCUCAGUCAAGGGGUGCUUAUGCAUCCAUUGGGAAAAGGUUAUGUAAUUUUUCAAUUUCAGUGCGAGGGCGACAAGGCAGCGGUGUGGCGAAGGUCUCCCUUUAGGAUUGGUGAUCAGGUCAUUCGAUUUCAACAUUGGAAACCUGAUUUUAAUAUUCACGAGAAGCAACUUCUCACAAAGCUUGUAUGGAUACGGUUUCCUGAUCUCCCGCUUGAAUACUGGCACGAAAAUGUGUUAUUGUCUAUAGCAAAGGCAGUAGGGCGCCCUGUGUCCCUAGACAGACGAACAAGACAAGGCAUUCUUGGCUUCUUUGCGAGAGUGCUGGUGGAGGUUGAUAUCUCUGACUUGGCAGAGAGGGUGGAGGAAGUACAGGUGGAAAGAUUAGAACCAGGUACAUCUCAGGUGUAUGGUUUCUGUCAAAAGGUGGUGUAUGAAGAUAAUGUGGAGCGUUGUGGAUACUGUAAACGAGUCGGACAUUUGAUUUCCAAGUGUAGGCUGAAAAGAUUGGAUGAUGAAAAGCAAUGUGCGGCUGAUAAAUUAGCAAAGGUUCCAGGGGCGGUAUAUGUUGAAGAUGGAGUCAACUCAGGUGGGAGUAACUCGGUGAGAGAGUCUCUUUCUAGGGGAAGAUCUUUGCCACAUCAGCAGAAUAAUUUUGAUCCUAUUCAUGAUCAAAUCUCUCCAAAUUCAAAUUCGUCUAAGGCUGGGGGAGAUAUUCAAAUAUUUUUAAAUCCUUCCACCAACGGAGAUGAAAAUUAUGGAACUAAGGAAGGCUUUGUGUCAGGGACGGUUAUAGAAUUAGAGUCUGAUUCUAAUCCUAUAAAUAAGGAAGGAGAGAUUUCUAAUAUUCUACCUAAGGAAGGAGAGGUAUUUCGAAUGGAUGAGGGAUCGGAUGUUGACUCUGAUCCAAACCCAACUGAGAACCCGCUCCAUGGAGUUCCUGGUGAUCCGCCAGUGGAUCCAUUGGGGGGGAACGAACCCAGAAUGGGGCUUACUCCUGUGGGCGAGGUUACUGUUCAGGAGGGGAGGUAUCCUUCUCGUUAUAGAAGGCUCGGUGGGGGUCAAGGACCUGGACGUGGUGUUGCCAUGGCCAGUGCUAUGCAACCAGUUGUUGAAGACCCUGGUGAGGAUCAUGUGGUUUCUUCUUUGCCCAGGGUGGAAUGUUCAAGCGGAACAGUCUCUAUUGUGCAUUCAGAAAUUAUAAGAAUGGAUACGGUGGCAGUGGCUCGGGAGAAGGAGGCCGGAGGUAUGCUUGAGGGUGGAAAGCAAAGAAAGAAAACAGGUAGUCAGGCUAAAAAGUCUGAUAAAAAUCAAUUCUCUAAGAAGUAA